AUGGCUCGGGGUCGGGGGCGGUGGCUGCUGCCGACGCGGCUGCUGAACGUCUGCCUCGCCGCGCUCUGCCGCGGGGGGAGCCUCGCCGCCGCGGAAUCCGUCCUCGUCGACGCCAUCCGCCUCGGCCUGCCACCCGACGUCGUCACCUACAACACCCUCCUCGCCGCCCACUGCCGCGCCGCGGGCCUCGAGGCUGGCCUCGUCGUCAUGGGACGGAUGCGGGAGGCCGGGGUGGAGCCCGACGCCGUCACCUACAACUCCCUCAUCGCGGGGGCCGCGCGCCGCGGGCUCCCGAUACACGCCCUCGACCUGUUCGACGAAAUGCUCCGUUCGGGGAUCGCCCCCGACUCCUGGAGUUACAACCCCCUCAUGCACUGCCUGUUCCGGUCCGGCCACCCGGAGGAUGCCUACCGGGUGUUUGCUGAUAUGGCUGAGAAAGGCAUUGCGCCGUGCGACACCACCUACAACACUCUCCUCGACGGGAUGUUCAGGGCCGGUUAUGCGAUGAACGCAUACAGGAUGUUCAGGUACCUGCAGAGGGCGGGGCUCCCCGUGAGCAUUGUGACUUACAACACCAUGAUUAACGGGCUGUGCAGUUCAGGCAAGGUGGGCUAUGCCCGGAUGGUCCUUAGGGAGCUUGGGAGGACUGAUCAUGCCCCAAAUAUUAUCACUUACACGGCAGUUAUGAAAUGCUGCUUUAAGUAUGGUAGGUUUGAGCAGGGGUUGGACACCUUCUUGUCAUUGCUGGACAGAGGGUACAUUUCGGAUGUCUACCCUUACUGCACAGUGAUCAGUGCUUUGGUUAAGAAGGGCCGGUUGGGAGAAGCUAAUAAUUAUUGUGACCUCAUGCUACAAAAUGGAUCUAGGCUUGACAGUGUGUGCUACAACACGCUGAUUCACAUGCGAUGCCAAGAAGGGAAGCUGGAUGACGCAUUUGAGCUUGUGAGCAUGAUGGAAGAUGGCGGCCUGGAGAGUGAUGAGUACACAUUCGCAAUUUUGGUCAACGGGCUGUGCAAGAUGGGACAUAUCGAGGCUGCAGAAAAGCAGCUAUUUUACAUGGAGAUCAAGGGCAUGCAAUCUAAUGUUGUGGCAUACAAUUGCUUGGUUGAUGCGCUCUGCAAAUUUCAAGAGGUGGAUGCAGCUAUCAGAUUACUGCAGUGUAAUAAUGUUCUUGCAUCUGCAAAGCGUGCUGUCAUUGCUGGGCUUCGUAGCUCAGGGUUUAAAAAUGAUUUGAGGAAAGUCCGGAUUGAUUGGGUUUAG